GACGCGAUGGACGUGAUCGCUGCCCUUAUAUACCGCUGUGAACUUCUUGCGGAUGAUGCUAGCCAAUCGACAGCCAUCUCCGCCGGCUAGUCCCUCCACCUGCCCCGAGCGGCGAGGGGGUGGGGCUGGCGCCCGGCGCGGAGGCGUCACGCACUCCAUGGUAACGACGCUCGGCCCGAAGAUGGCGGCCGAGUGGGGUGGAGGAGCGGGUUACUUGGGUUCAGGGCCGGGCCGGAGCCGGUGGCGCUGGAACAGUUCUUUUUGGGUCCAAGGCAUUUUACUCCUGUUGGAAGGGCUCCGGGCAAGCGUCGAAUCUGUUCCUGUCUCCUUGGGCAGUUCCCCUCCCUGCCGGCACCACGUCCACUCUGACACUGAGGUUAUAAAUAAGGUUCAUCUUAAGGAAAAUCAUGUUGUAAAGAGAGAUGUUGAUGAGCAUUUGAGAAUCAAGACUGUCUAUGAUAAAAGUAUUGAAGAGUUGCUCCCUGAGAAAAGAAAUCUUGUAAAGAACAAACUUUUCCCACAAGCUAUUUCUUAUUUAGAGAAGACUUUUCAGGUUCGUAGACCUGCUGGCACUAUCUUACUCAGCAGACAAUGUGCAACAAACCAAUACCUACGGAAGGAAAAUGAUCCUCAUAGAUACUGUACUGGGGAAUGUGCAGUGCAUACAAAAUGUGGCCCAGUUAUAGUGCCUGAGGAACAUCUCCAGCAAUGCAGGGUCUGUCGUGGGGGUAAAUGGCCCUGUAGAGCAGUGGGUGUGUCAGACCAAGAAGGUGUCCGGGAUGCAGACUUUGUUCUUUAUGUUGGUGCUCUGGCCACUGAGAGGUGCAGCCAUGAAAACAUCAUCUCUUAUGCAGCCUAUUGUCAGCAGGAAGCAAAAAUGGACAGGCCAAUAGCAGGAUAUGCUAACCUGUGUCCAAAUAUGAUCUCAACCCAGCCUCAGGAGUUUAUUGGGAUGCUGUCCACAGUGAAACAUGAGAUUAUUCAUGCCUUGGGUUUCUCUGCUGGGCUGUUUGCAUUCUACCGUGAUAAAGAUGGAAGUCCUCUAACAUCAAGAUUUGCAGAUGGUCUCCCACCUUUUAAUUAUAGUCUUGGAUUAUAUCAGUGGAGUGAUAAAGUAGUCCGAAAAGUGGAAAGAUUAUGGGACAUUCGAGAUAAUAAGAUAGUUCGUCACACGGUGUAUCUCCUAGUAACACCUCGUGUUGUUGAUGAAGCACGAAAACAUUUUAACUGUCCAGUUCUGGAGGGAAUGGAACUUGAAAAUCAAGGUGGUAUGGGCACUGAGCUCAACCAUUGGGAAAAACGAUUAUUAGAGAAUGAAGCAAUGACUGGUUCUCACACCCAGAACCGAGUCCUCUCUCGAAUCACUCUGGCAUUAAUGGAGGACACUGGCUGGUAUAAAGCAAAUUACAGCAUGGCUGAGAAGUUAGACUGGGGCCGAGGAAUGGGCUGUGACUUUGUCAGAAAGAGCUGUAAAUUCUGGAUUGAUCAACAGAGACAAAAGAGACAGAUGCUGAACCCUUACUGUGACACGCUCAGAAGUAAUCCAUUGCAGCUAACUUGCAGACAGGACCAGAGAGCAGUUGCAGUUUGUAAUUUGCAGAAGUUUCCUAAACCUUUACCACAAGAGUACCAGUACUUUGAUGAACUCAAUGGAAUACCUGCAGAAGAUUUGCCUUAUUACGGUGGUUCAGUAGAAAUUGCUGACUAUUGCCCAUUCAGUCAGGAAUUCAGUUGGCAUUUAAGUGGUGAAUAUCAGCGCAGCUCAGAUUGUAGAAUAUUGGAAAAUCAACCAGAAAUUCUUAAAAACUAUGGUGCUGAAAAGUAUGGACCUCAUUCAGUGUGUCUGAUUCAGAAAUCUGCAUUUGUCAUGGAAAAGUGUGAGCGGAAGCUGAGUUAUCCAGACUGGGGAAGUGGAUGUUAUCAGCCUCAGGGACAAGUACCGAACUUUUGGAAACAGUAUUGGCAUCCCUGGGUAGGCCCACCAGCGCCCCUGUGGAAUGGCACCAUGAGACUGCUGGAAGAGGCAAGGAGCAGCCCUGGGUCAAAACUGUGGGUCUUCAUGGGUAGGAGGAACUUAUUUUUGAGGUGAGAGAGCAAGGGAUAGCCCCAACCUGUUUUGGCUCUGGGGAACUCCCAUCUCUGUCUCCUCAAAGUAGACGCAGCUCCCUGCAACCUGAACUGAGUUGAGGAGAAGGAAAUGGAUUUGGAAAAUGUCCAGAUGCUAGGCCAUUUGUUGGGUAAGUUCCCCUGCAUGUACUCCAAGACCCAGAUUCCACCCAUUCUGGGAGGGUUUUGAACCUUUCUGCAGCAGGGCAUUUGUUUUGAGAUACCUUUUGGGGGUGGAAGUCAUGAAGUUGAGUGGAACUAGGGAACCUCGUUUAAAUUGGGAGCUUAUUUGUAGUUCCCAGGGAACAGGGGGUCUAGGCCACCAUUUGGGGAGGGUUUCCCAGGGAACGGGCAUUAGGCCACCCAUUUCGGGAGGUUUUGAACCUUCUAGCUGUUUGGGGUGGCGUUUAUUCCAUUUGGAUUCCCAUUUGUGAACCUUCUAGCCCUGUGGGUAGGGCAUUUGAGACAUUGUUUGGAGGUGCUAUUUCAGGUGGCAUUUGCCCCCUUUGGAUUCCCAUUCGCUUGUUAGGCCCUGGUAUUUUUGUAUGCCCUGUAUUGUCUGUUAUUGUGAGUUUUGUUGCAACAUAUGGAAGCUCCAUCUCAAAGAAAGACCCUUGGGAAGAACAUUGGCUGAAUGGUUAACUUCUAGCUAUGAACCUAUAUGUAAAGAGAAUGAUGUUAUUGUAAUCCAGUGUAUGUGCUGGAGUUUGAGAAGUGGCUGUUAAAUGAAAAAUUCCUAUUUGAUUGAUAGGCCAUGGCAUUUUAGAGUAUUUGUGUUGGGAAUUCCCUAUAUUGUUUGUGAGUUUUUGUCUGGUGAGUGUUUGUACCUAUGUCUAAAGAUUAUUGUGAUACCAUUUGUCUGGAGUGCAAGGAAAAGUGAUGGUUGAUGGUCCAUGUCUUAUUCUGAGCUAUUGGUUCUUUUAAAAUGCAGAACUCUAAUGGUCAACCAGCCACUAUAGAGUAAAAGUGUUGCAUCCUCAAGCUCUCUGCUUGAGAUAAAUUCAUUGUUUAUGGCAGACAAAAUGAUCUGUUUGUAUGAUUUUUUGAUAAAGGAGAUCCUCCUGCCAGAACCCCCACAGCUGGCCAGGGUGAGGUGCUGGGUAGGGCCACAGCCUGGGGGCAGACCUGGCAGGAGAGAGAACCAGUGCAUGUGGCCUGCUGCUGAGCAGCACACAGCAAAGGGCAAGGAACACCUGAUGCUACCACCAUCUUGGCACCAUGGGAAGGGCCAGGGAGGGCACUGGCUGGACUAACUCUUCAGUCCAAUGCCCAGUAAAUUAUGACUCAGGAAUUGGAAUGGCCUCUUCUGGCACAAACUCAAUUUGAGCCAAAGGGAACCCCUAGCUGUAGCAGGAUCAUUUAUGGCAAUAUCAGGUUAGAGGGCUUGAGUAUGCAAGAAUAGCCAGCAAGGUCCUUUGAGACAGUCAAAAGGAAAGGGUGAAAAAGCCACCCUAGACUCACUUUUUGUAAAGAAGGACCUUGAAAGGAACAUGGCCCAAAAUUGCAAAAAAAAAAAAAGGGGGGGGGCAGGAAGCCUCCAGGAGAGAAAGUAGUUUUCUUAAGUCCAGGACUCAGAAGGCAAAGGAGGGAGCCCAGAGCCCCCUGCCUCCAAAUAUCCCCACAGGAGCCCUGGGCAAAAUUGACAAUGGGGAUUUGACUGGCACUAGCUGCAUGGACAGAAGCUGUUUGGGCACCCCUUGCCCUGGCCACCACCCCAAUCGUUGAUGGCACUAGCUGUGCCUGGUGCUCUGUGAGCCAGACAAGGAAUAGUUGAGGGGCCAGAUAGCAAUAGGGCAGCCAUAGACAAGCGACAGCUAGUAAAUUUGUCACAGCGGGCCCAGGAGGCAGACCUGCAUAAGCAGCAGGAGCACCAGGAGUUGUUUCAGAAGAAGCAGAAGGUCACCUCCAGGGUGGCACCACCAAGCUCCUGCUGGAUGAAUAUCAGGGCCUGUUGAAAUGUACAGGAAGUUUGGGCCUCAGCAAGCCUACGCAUCAUUACAGCAUUGGCAAGAAGAAAGCUACCAAAAGUGAGUAAAGAUAUUAUGUAUGCCACCAAAAUAAUGGCCCUAAUAUAGGCCGUGGCUGAGCCCAAACGGGUGGCCAGCAUGACAAAAAGAAAUCAGGCCACUGGCAGAACUGCUAAGGAGGUUGCUGGAGGUGAUCUGUUCCUCGGGGCCUUCAUACUCUGGCUAGAUUUGGAUCCCCUUUAAAACUAGACUGGGUCUCUGACAUUUGGGAUAGCACAACUAAAUGGAAACAAAAUUCUCAUAGACUUGUCUCCUACCCAAAGCUUUGGUUCAGCCUCUUAUGAGGCACCUACAUAAAUACACACAUUGGGAGUGUAAUGCCUUGAUGGAUUUGGUGGGACCUCAUUUGAGAGGACCCCAUUUACAACUAACUGUUUAUGUACUGGGGGCGGUCCAAGGACAGAAAGGUGACCCACUGCACAGGGAGCCCAACAUGUGGGGAUCCACCCUUGUGGAGGCUGGCAGUUUUACUCAGAUCCUCAAUAUUAGGCUUGUAUUGGUAGAUACCUUUUCAGGCUGGGUAGAGGCUUGUCCUACCUGGAGGAAAGAAAGGAGUGUCUGAGGUUACUGGAGUCCUUCUGGAGGAACUCACACCGAGAUGGGCUCCUACCAGGAGCUGACAGGGCCUUCAUCGAGAUCCUGCACGUGUACAGGAUACACCUGUAUCUACUGCACAAUGCCUUCUGGUCACCCAUAAACAUCUUUGAGUGGCCCCCAAGUGGGAACCUGGUGAACCGUUUCUCCAAAAAGCUGGACCUGGUGGACUCAGUGAUCCCACAGGUCAUCAGAAUGUUCAUAGGCUCCUUUGAACAGAGCAAUAAUGGACCCUCCUUUGUAGUGGAGGUAACCCAGCAAGUAAACAAAGCCCUACAUCUAGAAUGAAAACCACAUGGAACCCACCUAAAAUUGGAUAAGGCAUUGCCACUUCCCCUCCUCUGGAUAAGGGUAGCCCUUUAGAAGCAGGCUUAAGUUAAGCCCCUAAAAAAAUAGUUUAUGAGAGACCCUUCAAUGCAUCCCAAGGUAAGUAUGGUAAUAUAACAUGAGUAAAAGAAAACAGAAUAAAACAGUAUGUCAAAUGAGUGGGUCAUGUGCCAACCACUAUGCAUGAGUUUGCCUCUUUCAGGUCCCUGCCUCAGUUGGAAACAGAAAAGUGAAAGGGACCCUAUCAAGUGCCUCUAACAACUCACACCUUGUUAUAAUUGUUAUCAAUAGAAGUGAAACCUUGGUUCCAUCACACCAAAGUAAAGAGGUGUAGCACCCAGUGAGGGGGGCACCUUAGGUGAUCUAAAGUAUCAGAAUGAGAAAAAGAAAAAAUGAAAAUAUUAUUUUCAUUAAUCCUCCUUUGGUUAUUUGUUCCAUCUAUAGGAUAGAGGGACAGACAACUCCUUAGUGAGGAUAUCCCCAGGCUUUUGCCUUUUCUGUUACUGUGUCUGUCUUAUGGGUGUGUUCUCCUAAACCUCAUUUGGUACAAGUAUUUCUGAACAUGAUUUCUGAAUUUACAGAAGCCAAUCUUUCGGAUCUCCUACAGUAUUCAACUAAUAGCUCCGCCGCACUCACAGAUCCCGUUUCUUUCUUACCCAGCCCUGUAUUAGACAUUGUGUGCAAGGCAACAGUCCAUUUCACCUUGUCAGUCCUCACAGUUGUAAUUAUUGCUUAUGUCCUUUUUCACCUGAUAAUCUGUACCUUCCAUCUAAAACAUCACUCCAAUUCAACAGGAAGUAGCUUAAUGACUACAUCAUCCCUUCUCUCAUAGAUAUGGAAGGGCAAAAUUGACAGUGGGGAAUAUGUAACAGAGAGAAUAGCUUGAAAAGAGGUAAAAAAUGUUUCCUGUCUCCUCAAAACCCGCUCACCCUUUUUGAGAACUAAAACCUACAUCCCUGUCUCAGGCCAGUAGUGAGGAGGGACAGGAGAGUGUCCUUUGUUCUUUGUGCCAUAGGAGAUGGCUUAGAGGAAUGGCCUAGGCAGAGGUCAUGAGGUUGUCUUAGCUGAAGAUAGCAUGAAUCCAGACAGAGGUCAGGAGAUUGUUUUAGCCAAAAAUGGGAUUAUAGGAUUAAUCAGAACCUUUAAAAGCUCUGUACUUCUGCUCAGAGACAGAAUGUUGUUGGUACUUUUGAGACAGGAAUCUGCCAACCUCCUUACUUGCCAGCAAAUUAAUAAAUUCCCCUUUCCUCCUGAAAAAAAUUUUUUUUUACUGACUUGUGGAGAGAGUGACAUGAUUGAUGGCUAUUUGAUAGAGAUUUAAGCUGAAGUAUAUGAAGAUACUGAAAUUUACAGAAACGUAUUCUCUGUAACUGUGCUUCAGGGAUCUGUGAAUUCAGAUUGUAUUUAAAGCACUGUGUGUGCUCCCUUGUAUUUUUUUUCUUUUCAGGAAAAGUGUCCGUAGCUUCCAUCAGAUUUCUUAAAAAGGUGCUAGACUCAAACUUUAAGAACUACUGCCACAGAGUGAAAUUCUUUUAGACCCUAAAUAACUCUCUUUAUAUGAGGUUAAAGGUAGCCCAUAUCCCACAUUGUUUUAUAGCCAAUAGUUUUAGUAAAUUUUAACACAACUUCCUUCAGUUGAAGGAUAAAUCUCACAUUCUAGAAUCUUACGUGAUUUUUUGUUGUUGUUUUCUAUUUGAAGGUUUCUUGUUCACCUCAGGGUCUGAUGGUUUGGGUCCAAGAUACUUCAUAUUUGUGUAGUCGAGCUGGGCAAGUCCUCCCUGUCAGUAUUCAGA